AUGGCCGCCGAAUACAAUGGAACGACUGGCACCGCCGAUGCUGGCUAUUCGACUAAUGUGCAGAAUCUCAAUAUCUUCUACGAGACGGGCAACCUGGCCUUCAUGACGAUCUCCUCCGUCCUCGUUCUGCUCAUGAUUCCCGGCGUCGGAUUCUUCUACAGCGGUCUGGCACGAAGAAAGUCGGCUCUUCAGCUCGUCCUCUUAUCUAUGCUUUCUGUGGCUGUCAUCGGAUUUCAGUGGUUCUUCUGGGGAUACUCGUUGACGUUUUCGCGAACGGGCAAUGCCUUCUUCGGCGACCUCUCCCAGUUUGGUCUGAUGAAGACGCUCGCUCAGCCAAAUGGAUCUUCUUUCGUCCCCGACAUUCUCUUCUGUCUCUACCAGGGAAUGUUUGCGGCUAUUACACCAGCCCUUGCCAUUGGAGCCGUCGCCGAUCGAGGCCGUAUGCUCCCUGCCAUCAUCUUCAUCUUCAUCUGGUCCACCGUCGUAUACGACCCCAUCGCCUACUGGACCUGGAACGCAAACGGAUGGCUCUUCAAACUCCCCGCCUACGACUUCGCCGGCGGCGGUCCCGUCCACAUCGCCUCCGGCACCUGCGCCCUCGCCUACAGCGUCAUGCUGGGCAAGCGAAGCGGCUACUCCAAGACCCAGGGCCUCCCCUACCGUCCUCACAGCGUGACAAACGUCGUUCUCGGCACCGUGUUCCUCUGGGUAGGUUGGUUCGGCUUCAACGGCGGUUCUGCCCUGGCCAUGAACCUCCGCGCCGUGAUGGCAUGCUACGUGACCAACCUGGCUGCUUCCUGCGCAGGCAUCACCUGGGUCCUGCUCGACUACCGGCUCGAGAGGAAAUGGAGCACCAUCGGCUUCUGCUCUGGCGCCAUCUCCGGUCUCGUGGCGAUUACCCCUGCCGCAGGCUUCGUUACACCCUGGGGAGCCGUGAUCAUCGGCGUCUGCGGCGGUGUAUGCUGCAACUUUGCCACCAAGCUCAAGUUCCUUACUGGCGUUGACGAUGCCCUCGAUAUCUUUGCUGUUCACGGAAUCGGCGGCAUGGUUGGCAAUAUCCUCACCGGCAUCUUUGGAGCUUCUUACAUUGCUGCCCUCGACGGCAACACCUACUCCCCCAUCGGAUGGAUUGAACACAACUGGGUCCAGCUCGGCUAUCAGCUCGCCGGCAUCUGCGCCGCUUUCGGAUGGUCCUUUGUCUUAACCUGCAUUAUCCUGUUCCUCAUGAACCUCGUCCCGGGUCUUAGUCUCCGUGUGUCAGCUACCGAGGAAGAUGUCGGCAUUGACGACGCUCAGCUUGGUGAAUUCGCAUACGAUUAUGUCGAACUGACCCGUCAUGUGGCAGAUUCAUCGUCCCCUGGAUCUAUGUCAUCCAGCAGCUCUACACAUGAGAAGACUGUUCGGGAGGUGGUCUAA